UGUGCCCCGCGGCCCGCGCUGGGAGCGGGCCUAGCGCGCUCCCCUCGGUCCUCCGCGAGCGGGGCUCGCGAUCCUCCUGUUCCCGCGCCGGUCCCGGCCCCGCGCCGCUGGCAGUCCGAGGAGAGUCGCUGGCCGUGGUCGCCGCUAGGUAGGCUAUUUCUGGAUCCUGAAAGGAAGAUAAAGCAAAAAGUCUUCUUUGGAAUAGAUGGAGUUUUAUCCCUUUCUGUGAACUAAAGCGAUUCAAUGUCUCUUUUGGAUUGUUUCUGCACCUCACGAACACAAGUUGAAUCACUGAGAUCUGAAAAACAGUCUGGAAGCAGCAUCCAUCAGUACCCGGUUGAUGAGCCACCCCUUUGCCGGUUCCCUCCGUCUGCUAGAGCCAGUGAAGGGAUCCAUUCCACCCACGUUUCUCACUAUGAACUCCAAGUGGAAAUAGGGAGAGGCUUUGACAACUUGACCUCUGUCCAUCUGGCCCGGCACACUCCUACAGGAACACUGGUUACCAUAAAAAUUACCAAUCUGGAAAACUGCACCGAAGAGCGCCUGAAAGCCUUACAGAAAGGACUGAUCCUAUCCCACUUUUUCCGACACCCCAAUAUUACAACUUACUGGACAGUUUUCACUGUUGGCAGCUGGCUUUGGGUUAUUUCCCCAUUUAUGGCCUACGGUUCAGCAAGGCACCUCUUGAAGACCUACUUCCCUGAAGGAAUGAGUGAAACUUUAAUAAGAAACAUUCUCUUUGGAGCAGUAAGAGGGUUGAACUAUCUGCACCAAAAUGGCUGUAUUCAUAGGAGUAUUAAAGCCAGUCAUAUCCUCAUUUCUGGUGAUGGCCUGGUGACACUCUCUGGCCUGUCCCACCUGCAUAGUUUGAUUAAGCACGGACAGAGGCAUAGGGCUGUGUUUGAUUUCCCACAGUUCAGCACGUCCGUGCAGCCGUGGCUGAGUCCAGAACUGCUGAGACAGGAUUUGCACGGAUAUAAUGUGAAGUCAGAUAUUUACAGUGUUGGCAUUACAGCAUGUGAAUUAGCCAGUGGCCAGGUACCUUUCCAGGACAUGCACAGGACUCAGAUGCUGUUACAGAAACUGAAAGGUCCUCCUUACAGCCCACUGGAUGUCAGUAUUUUCCCCCAGUCAGACUCCAGAAUGAGAAGUUCACGUUCAGGUGUAGACUCUGGGAUUGGAGAAAGCGUGCUUGUGUCCAGUGGGACGCACACUGUGAACAGUGACCGGCUGCACACACCAGCCUCAAAAACCUUCUCUCCGGCUUUCUUUAGCUUGGUACAGCUCUGUUUGCAACAAGAUCCUGAGAAAAGGCCAUCAGCAAGCAGUUUAUUGUCUCACGUAUUCUUCAAACAGAUGAAAGAAGAAAGCCAGGACUCCAUCCUGUCACUGCUGCCUCCUGCCUCUGCCAAGCCGUCAGCAGCACUGCCUCCAGUGUUACCUUGGACUGAGCCAGAGUGUGCUUUCCCUGAUGAAAAAGACUCGGACUGGGAGUUCUAGGGCUGCCAAAUCACUUCACGUCCGAUAUACUUGACACCCUCUUCUUGCUGCUUUUAUUCUGCAUUGCUAGGUACAAAUGCCAGAAUUAUACUUGAAAACACAGUUGGUGCACUGGAGAAUCUCAUUUCAAACCACUCUGUUCACAGGGGCGUGAGUGUGGAGUUCCCUGGCCUAGCUCAGACUGCUCUCACCACCCCAGGGAAACAUCUGGAUGAUCAAUCUAGCUACAGUCAGUGUCAUCGAUUCUUACAUUUUCUCCCCAAAGCUGUGACUAACUCAUCUUUUCAUCUCUCUCUCGUUUUUGAGCCAGUUGAGUUUUUUGGCAUUUUGCUCUUCUCUUGGGAUUGAGCCCUCCUAGGACAGGACUUCCAAGUACAUCUGAUCUUUCUUUCAGGUUCUCUAGCCUUUUGAACCAGCUAUUGUUAACCAACAGGCUAGUUUAUCCUGGUACCAAAUGCCUCUUUGGUAGACAGGGAAAUGUUUAUACUUUCCCUUUUUUCUAUUAAUACUUAUAUAACAUCAAACUGAGCCUCACUCAAAAUAAAUGAUUCACUUGAACUAUAUACAGAAGUCAUAAUUUGCUUUUUUAAAUAAAGAAAGCGGCUACAUAAGGUAACCCUUUUCUACCUUGUAAAUUUUAGAUCCUAAAUUCACGCACCCUGUGGGAGCUCAAUAAAGAUUGUUGACUUGA